AUGGAGAAUGUUCUGCUGAAAGUGGCCAUCUUCAUGGCCUCGUUCCUUGUUGGUUCAGCUUCUCCAUCUCCAUUUUCUCCAACAGCGCCAAUCUUGGGUUCGAUUCUGAGGAGCCUAGGCUUCCGAGAGCUGUCUGUGGCCGCUUACUCUCUCACGGAGUCACCCUGGAGCGGUGGUCCGUACACUAUCUUUGCGCCAACGGAUGCUGCCAUCAGCGUCUGCGGCUCGUGUUCUGUGUCAAGGAUCCUCCAGGAGCACACUCUUCCAGGUAUAUUCUCCGUCAACUACCUGCGCACGUUAGCCUUCGGCACCAAACUUGAGACUAUGGUGCCGGGGAGGUGCAUCACGAUCACGUCCGAUUUGCUCAACGGCACCAAGGUGUUCCUCGGAGGAGCCGAGAUCGACCGUCCGAAUCUGUUCAACAAUGGUUUUGUCGUCGUUCAUGGCCUUUCUGGAUUCGUCUCCCACCUCUCGCCCUUUUCUUGCAUCCUUGGACCGGCGCACCCUGUUCCGGCCUUCUCUGUCAUGCGCCUGAUGCUGAGGGACGCCUCCAUGAGACUGAGGAUCAGCGGGUACAGCGUGCUCGCGCUUGCUCUGAGGGUGAAGUACGCUGAGCUGGCAGGGCUGCAGAAUGUGACGGUGUUUGGAGUGGACGAUGCAGCGAUCUUCGCCGGAGGUCAGGCGUACGUUCGUGAUGUGAGGUUUCACAUAGUGCCAAACCGCCUACUGAUGGCCUCCGAUCUCGAAGAAAUGCCGGCGGCGACGGUGUUGCCGACUUUGGAACGUAACCAAACCCUAGUGGUGACCACAGCCGGAGGAGGCGGAGUGUUGGAGCCAAUGAGGAUCAAUCACGUGCGGAUCACGAGCCCUAAUGUCGUCCAUAAUCUCAAGAUCGUGGUUCACGGCCUGUCCAAGCCGUUCCCGCACCUCAAUGAUCCGCCGGUGGCCCAAGCAUCUUCCUGCGAGAUUGAAGGGUCAAUGGACGGCUACGAAUCUUGUGCGCUGGCCCCCACGCUGGAGAUCAAAUCGACAGCUGAGAUUGAUGAUGACCAUGGAUUCUGAAACCUGAUCACUGUAAGUGUGGAAUGAUUGUAGUAAUCCAAUGAUCCUUCCGUUCCUAGUUGUAUCGUAUCUUUUACGUACUACUCACUUGCAUUGUGCAGCAAACGAAGAAACCCAUUUUUUGUUUCUGCUGACCUAACUGUAAUCUCAUUGAGGCCCAAUGGACCAGGCCCAAAAAGAAAUUAUGGACCACGUGGCAUCCGAUGGGCCUGGGAUUUCAAAAUAAUAACAAAAAAAAUAAUGUCUUGUUUGUUUUUUUUGUUUUAA